AUGUCAGUCACAUUGAAAAGAGAGGCCAUCUUCACGGCUAAAGCGCCCAAACCUAUGAUGGCGUACUCGCAGGCUAUACGUGCCGGUGAUUAUGUGUUCGUGAAGGGACAGGUGUCCACCGAUAUCACCACCAAUGAGCUCAUACUGGAACCGCUCGAAACCCAAUACGAACAGACAUUCAACAACGUGUUGGCCAUUACGGUGGGCGCCGGCGGUUCAGUGGACGACAUCGUAAAGCUGGACAUCUUUGUCAAAGACUUGGACUCCUUUCCCAUUAUCAAUAAAGCUGUUCCCGAAGCCAUACCCGGCCCGCACAUAGCCGUGACCGAAGCCGCCGGUGGAACGGCUCAUGAUAUCGUAAAACUGGGAAUAUUUGUCACAGAUAUCCAACAAAUCCAAGCCCUCAAUGAAGUUACAAAGAAAAUAUUCCGUGAGCCCUACCCGGCCCGCAAUGUCGUGCCCGUCAAUAAGAUACCCCGCGGCGGGAACAUUGAAAUCGAUGCCAUCGUAUAUUUGCCACAAAAUAAAUAA